AUGACUCAAACAAGCUUUAAUUAUCAAAUAGCAUCAUUAAAACCAUCAUCAAAUAUCUCCUUAACAUCAACAAUGUCGACAAUACUUUCCAAUCAAAAUCAUAUUCAUAUACUUAAAUGGUCUGUACGAAUUAUUGGUGGUUUAUUAAUAACCGUCGGUGGAAUUGGUAAUACACUUUCGGCAUUAACACUUAGUCGAAAAAAAUUACGAGGACAAGUUACAUCUAUAUAUCUUAUUGCUUUAGCAUUAUCCGAUCUUGGUAAUGUUUUCUUUAGUGUAUUAAAUUUUUAUUUAAUUCGAUUUGAUUCUAAUCAAAAUAUGCGUUUAUAUAGCAAUAUAUCCUGCAAAUUCCAUAUAUUUUUUACAUAUUAUUUUAUUAAUUUAUCACCAACAUUACUUGUUGCUGUUAGUGUACAACGUUAUCUUACUAUAGCUAAACAUCAUUACUCAAAAAGAUAUUGUACCGCUAAAAAUGCUUAUAUAGUUAUUGGUUUAAUUUGUUUCUUAUCUUUGUUUCUUCAAUUACAUUGGAGUAUAUUUUAUGAACUUCAAUUAAUACCUAAUAAACAACAAAAUUUAACAUCAUUUAAUCAUACGAUAAUAUAUCGACGUAUAUGUAAUAUAUCAUCAAAAUAUCCAUCGUAUCUAUGGUUUCGUUCAAAUAUAUUAGGUUAUAUUCAAUGGUUUUUCUUUACAUUAUGUCCAUUUGUAAUAAUGUUAAUACUUAAUUCUUUAAUAUUAAAAGUAAUUGCAUCAGCACGUCUUAUACAACAACGUAUGAAUCAAAAAAAUCAACGUAAAAAAGCUAAACAACGAAAUAUGACAAUAAUGCUUUUAUCUAUUUCAUGUGUAUUUAUAUUAUUAACAGCACCAGCAUCAACAUUUAUGGCAUUUGGGCAUUUAUUUAAAAAUUUACAUGGACAAAAAUCUCAAUCAUUAUGGACAAUGUUUUCAUUAAUUUAUUAUGCAAAUACAGCAGCAAAUUUUAUAUUAUAUUUUUUAACUGCAAAUGUUUUUCGACAAGAAGUUCGUGUUAUGGUUUUAUCAUUUCCUGGAUGUUCAAAAAUAUUUCCCGAGCAAUUUGAAUUAUUACGAGCUAAUACACUACCUGCUGGUGGUGUUGGUAGAGGAGAAGGAGGAAGAAGAUUUGCAACAAUACGUAAAACUCAAUAUACAACUGUUCCUUUAGUUACAUCAAUAUUAUUACCUUCUUGUAACGAAGAAAUGAAUAGAAAAUCGAGUACAAAUAGUUUCUUAAAAGUUAAUACAAAUAAUCAAUUUUUAAAUGUAACUAAUACAUGUAAUAGUAGUAGUGGAAUAUCAUACGAAGAAGAUUCGAAAUUAUAA